UUUCCAAGGCAAUUUAAAAUUACGGAGAGUUGUAAGAGUCCUUGAACGCAGCACCCGCGUGCUCUGAUGAAGUCUGUGACCCCUGCUGUGGGAGAUGAAGUGGAAGCCCUGGGGAACACAGCAGCAGCUUGUAGUGCUUUACGUUUCUUUAAAGUGGGUUAGAGGGUUGAGUUCUCGAGUCUGGGGGUGGAAAGAGUCUGUACACCUUUAGUUAAAUGGAAAAAAGCACUGUGGUCGAACCUCGUGCAAAACGUUACAUGCUUCAAGAGUUUUAGGUGAAGUAGAGCACCAUCAAGCCUCCAGGUCACAAACCAGAUGUGGAACUUUGAGAAACUUGCAUGUUAGAGGACACUGACUUUGAAUGAAUUAGUAAAAUCACAGGUUUCUGCUGUGAGGCGUUUUACCAGCAACCUACGAUUCCUUUCGGGCUCUUCGGGAUGUCUUCCACGACUCUUCUCCUCGCAGCGCUUGGCGUUUUAGCGCAUCUGGACACUUUUACGCACGGGUGCCAGCUCCCUUCCGAGUGGCGGCCGCUGAGCGACGUCUGUCGGGCGGAGCUGGCCGAGAUCAUCGUGUACGCCCGGGUCCUGGCGAUCCACCGAGAGCCCCUGGGCACCGGCGUGGACAGCCUUUACAACUCGCUGCCGUUCGGGUUCGGGUACGGGUACGAGGGCGCGGAUGAAGGGCUGCUGUACACAGCGGAGGUGGAGUUGCUGUGCGAUCAGGCCUGGGGCAGCAUGCUGGAGGUGCCUUCUGGAUCAAGGCUCAACCUGACCGGACUGGGGUACCUCUCCUGCCAGACCCACACCGUGAUGGAGAACUACUCCUACUUCUUCUUCCUUAGGAUGGAUGAGAACUACAACAUCCUGCCCCACGGCGUCAACUUCCAGGACGCCAUCUUCGCCGACACGUCCGACAACAGGCGCACCUUCUCCAGCCUCUUCCAGUUCUCCAACUGCACCCAAGGGAGCCAUCCUUUCCACAUCUUCAGCCCGGAGUGGGACACACAGGAGGACAACAGGCUGAUGUGCUCCUCGGUGCAGGCCGCGCUCUUCGAGGAGGAGGAGCGGGGCCGCAGGAUGCAGGAGCGACUGGUCGCGGCGGAGAGGAGGAACCGGCAGCUGAAGGAGCGCAUUCGCAAGGUCAAGCGCUCCCUGGGGAACGCGCGCAAGGCCGCGCAGGAGGCGCGCGAGCUGCAGGCGAGGCUGGAGGCUGCCGAGCGGAGGGCGGGACAUCACCGCAACGCCAUAACGCAGGAGGAGCCGCCGCCCGGCCGUUACGCGAGCACCACGAUGCGCAAGAGGACGCGACUUUGACUUAAACCGCCACCCGGCUCCCUCAACCAUUACUACUUUCUCUUUAGUAUCCCUCCUGUCUGUUUUGUCAGACGGCCACGCCCUUUCCUGCCACGCCCCUUCCUGUCACGCCCCUUCCUGGUCAUCUGACACAAUGGAACAUGUCUGGUCUCAGUACUGAGGCUCUGCGGCCUUCAGUUGCCGCUUGUCUCCGGCACAAGUUGCCUCCGUGUGGUCCAACACGGCUGUGAACGAUGGUGGAAGACAGAGAUAAUAAUGGUCCAAGUUUUUAAACUACAUUAUGACAAAAAAAAGUCAUGUACAGGUAUAUUUAUGCUGAUUAAGCGCUUCAACAAGUUUGAAAUUUGAACCAAAAUCAUCUCAACAGAAAAUGUUUCACAUUGGCGUCGAGACAUUUGAAAGACAUCGAGAUGGGAGGUGGGAGGACAAAGCUGGAGACUAAUGUUAAUGCGAUUGGAUUAAAUCGAACCAUUGAAGCCUCAGACCAAGGCACAAACAAAAUGGGCUAAAACACGCUAAAACAAGAUGUUGAGUUGAGUGGAAAUGCAAAUUUGUGAUAACUGUCCCUUUAUGAAACACCUUCUGUAAUCAACACCCUAAUUUGACCCAUUGUUAAUUGAAAUAAAAGAAAUAUUGAUUACGGCAGCUUUACGUAUUUAAAUAUACUUGUACUUGGAAAGUAUUUUAGGUUAGUGAGCUUUUUGCUUUCAGAAACCAUCCAAUUCAAGUUAAAUAAGAAAAAUAAAAAAUGCCUUCCACGUAAUCAUGCCAUGGUGAAGCAGUGAUAAGAAACAUUACAUUUCAUUUUAGAACCUUGUAAUUUAUCAACCUUUUCUUUAACCAACGUGAGUAGUGCAUUUAAGAAUGAGAAUCCCGGGAUGUUGCAUGAGAUGGUUCAUUCAUCAUUUAGUCAAUAUCAGUGUUUGAAAGUUGUAAGCAUUAGCUGGUCUGUUGAUAUGGUUUUUUCUGCAUAAAAAAAUCUUACUUGGAUAAACA